CAACGGUCCCUGAUUUGGAGGGAUUUUGUGUUUUGUAUGCUUUUCUCAUAAUUGUAAAACAUUACGCUGAAUUUCGUGCAACGCAUAGUUCAAUGUAUGUAAUAUUAGCAAGAUGUACAUCAAAUCUAUCGUGCUGGAUGGAUUUAAGUCCUACGGGAACCGUGUUGAGAUCACCGGGUUUGACCCUGAAUUCAACGCUAUCACGGGCCUAAAUGGUACCGGGAAAUCAAAUAUCUUAGAUUCUAUUUGUUUUGUGCUCGGAAUAACUAAUUUAUCCAAUGUGCGUGCUGGAAGUCUUCAAGAGUUGAUCUACAAGCAUGGACAAGCAGGCAUCACCAAGGCCACUGUUAGCAUCACAUUUGACAACCGAGACAGGAACCAGUGCCCCAUUGGCUAUGAGAACCAUGAUGAAAUUACUGUUACUCGGCAGGUUGUCAUGGGCGGCAAGAAUAAGUACCUGAUAAACGGCAUCAACGUUCAGAACAAGCGAGUCAGUGACCUCUUCUGCUCCGUGCAGCUCAAUGUGAACAACCCGCACUUCCUGAUCAUGCAGGGCCGCAUCACUAAAGUGCUCAACAUGAAACCUCCUGAGAUCCUAUCGAUGGUCGAGGAAGCAGCCGGCACUCGCAUGUAUGAAGCCAAGAAGCAAGCCGCCCAGAAGACCAUUGAGAAGAAGGAUGCUAAACUAAGGGAGCUCAAUGAUAUCAUCCGAGAAGACAUCGCGCCUAAGCUUCAAAAGCUACAGGACGAGCGUUCGCAGUUCCAAGAAUACCAGAAAGUCGUUAGAGAACUGGAAAACGUUAGCAGGCUCUAUGUUGCUUACAGAUACGUAACAGCGGAAAAGAAUCUCAAGGAAGCUCAGGACAAAGUGACGGAAGUGCAAGACGAAAUACAAGCCAAGAAAGAUGAGAUCGCUGGCAAUAAGGAAACAGCCAAGGAUCUGGAGAAACAGAUGAACGAGUUGCAUAAGAAACUGGAAGAUCAAACUGGCAACAACCUGAAAGCCCUAGAAAAAGAGUUGGCAGGCGUGGAGAAGACUGAAGCCAGCGCGUCAGCGGCUCAUAAGGCUGCCAAAGAAGCGGUCAGCACACAGACCAAACAGGCUAGGAUCAUGGAACGGUCGUUGAAGGAUGAUGAGAAGGCACUUAAUGACAAAAGGAAGAUAUUAAGCGAGGCGUCGUCAACCUUCGAAGGCCUACGAGCCGCGAGCGAAUCAGCAGAGGCAGCGUUAGCGGCCGCACAAGCAACGUUCAUAUCGGUCAGCACGGGCAAUGAGGGGGCUUCUGAGUCUCUACAGGACCAACUCAUGGCGGCCAAGGCUGAGGCUUCUGAAGCAUCAACAUCCAUGUCCCAAGCUCAAAUGGAGAAGAGACAUGCAGAAGACAGACUCAAGACUUUGGAGAAAGAGUUCAAAGCGAGCAGCGCACAGUUUACUAAAGACCAGGAUAACAUAGGGAGGCAGCAGGCUCAGUUGGAUAAACUACAGGCCGAACUCUCAAGCAUGAACUUCAGCGAAGCUCGCAACACAGAGCUAAAGGGUCUCAUUCGGCAGAUUCAAUCAGAAACAGUCGGCAAGAGAGACUCGCUAGACCGGCUCAGCUCGCGGUUGCAACGUUGCCAGUUUCAAUAUCAAGCGCCAACGAGGGAUUUCGAUCAUUCUAAAGUACAUGGUAUCGUGGCGAGACUGAUAAACGUCAGUGAUCCAGUGUACUGUACUGCGCUAGAAACUGCUGCGGGCGGCAAACUAUAUAACGUAGUGGUGGACACAGACGCUACAGUGGACCUGCUUCUCAAGAAGGGCAACAUACAGACUCGAACCACCAUGAUACCGCUCAACAAAAUCACCGCCUACACAAUCGAUGAUCAAACGCUAAGGCUGGCGCAGCAAAUCGGCGGCGGUCCACAGAACGUGCAACGCGCCGUCGACCUCAUCUCCUUCCCACCGGCGCUCCGGCCAGCCAUGGGCUUCGUCUUCGGCGGGACCUUCGUCUGCAAAGACGCCGACACCGCCAACAAAGUCACUUUCCACCCGCAGAUUAGGAAGCGAUGCGUUACUGUGGAGGGGGACGUGUAUGACCCGGCGGGCACGUUGUCAGGAGGAGCUAGAGUUAAGGGAGGUUCCGUGCUAGUACAAAUCCAGCAACUCAAGCAGUUGGAGCAGGAGUUGGGCCAAGCUGAUAUGCAGUUACAGCAGUACCAGUCAGAGCUAAAUGCCAUGCAGGCGGCCGCGGAGGCGUACAGCAGUAAACAACAAAGAUUUGACAUGAUGUCCCACGAGCUAGAAGUGGUGAAGGCUCGCCUCGCGACAACCUCGCACGCGCAAACACACGCUGAGAUAGAAUCACUACGUGCGAGAGUGACAGAGCUAGUGAAACAGCUGGAAGAAAAUAAAGCGAGACAACAGGCUGCUGCGGCGAGAGCUAAGGAGUUGGAGGCCAAGGUCAAGGACAUUAAAGGUCAUAGAGAAAGGGAGUUCAAAAAGGCGGAAGAAGCUCUCAAAAAGGCUAAGAAAGAAGCAGAACAUCACAGCAGCAACUGGAAACAACGAGAGCAGGAAUUCUCCACUUUACAACUAGAGGUAGCGGAAUUAGAAAAGGGUGUGACCACAAGCACGACGCAAUUAGCGGAGACAAAGGCGGCAGCGGAAAGACUAGCGGAGGCGCUACAGACGGCUAAAGACGAACAUACCGCUGCUGAGAACGCAGUAAAAGAGAUCCAAGGCCGCAUAAAAGCGAUGAAAGCCGAAAUCGCCUCGCGCAGCACAGAGAUCUCUCGCCUGUCGCAGCAAAGAGAAAAACUGGACGCCAAGAACAACGAUAUCAACCUGAAGAUUAAAGAGUUGGAGUUCAAGAUUAAAGAACUUGAGACUGAAUCUACUGAGUGUGGUAAAAAGAUCACCGCCCUCGAGAAAGAGCACACAUGGAUUCCCGCCGAGAAGCAAUACUUCGGGGCCGCGGGCGGCUUGUACGACUUCCAGGCGCGACAAGCUCACGCGGCCGGCGCCCGGCUUAACCAACUCAAGGAGAGGAAGGAUAAACUCGCGAGGGGACUUAAUGCUAGAGCUCAUACGUUGCUUGGAAAGGAGGAAGAACAGUACCAAGACGUCCUCCGCAAGAAAGCCAUAGUAGAAGCAGAUCGCGCGAAACUCGUCCAAGUUAUGGCUGAACUGGACGAAAAGAAGAAACGCACGCUCGUCACAGCUUGCGAACAAGUGAACAGAGACUUUGGCUCCAUAUUCAGCACCUUGCUACCGGGAGCUCAGGCGAAAUUACGGCCGCCUGAGGGGUUAACUGUGCUGGAUGGAUUAGAGGUUAAAGUCGGCUUCAACAACACGUGGAAGGACUCCCUCGGCGAGCUGUCAGGCGGGCAGAGGUCGCUGGUGGCGCUGUCGCUCGUGCUCGCCAUGUUGCUGUUCAAACCCGCCCCGCUCUACAUCCUGGACGAGGUGGACGCGGCGCUCGACUUGUCGCACACGCAGAACAUCGGACACAUGCUCAAGGAGCACUUUAGGCACUCGCAGUUUAUCAUCGUGUCCCUGAAAGACGGCAUGUUCAACAACGCCAACGUCCUCUUCCGGACGCGAUUCGUGGACGGCAUGUCCGCCGUACAACGCACCGUCAACCGGCGAUGAACACACUGCUUUACACUUUAUCAAUUUUACAUGUCAAUCAACAAGAGCAAUUUUAUCACUUAUCCACGUGGAUAAGACAUCCGUCACUCUCACACUGACAUACUUGCUAAAGCGUGACGGAUGAUUUAUCCACGU